GCCUUUGUUUCCGGGUUCUCCUUGCAGAAGCGGUCCAGUCUUUUGAUCGGCCGUCUCAGCUGCUGUGCGCCUACUCGCGCCAGUCCACAGUCAAGAUCUACAGGGUGGGAGGGGUGCCAGCUGUGUCCUACAAGGAGAGCAGCAAUGGACUGGACGAGGACGCGCGACACGGCGGCAGCAGUGCAGAGCAGAACAUGGCCACCGGUGAACUGCUCGACUCCAACACAACCGAACGCUGUCCCCGCAACUCCCACUUCUGCUACUCCCUCUGGCAGGAGGACCCGGUCAACAAGACGAUCAUCGUUGUCACUCAGGGUUGCUGGGGGACAUCAGGGGAAGUGGACUGCCAGUCAUCAAACUGCACCUCCACCAAGAAGCCUUCCAAGGUGCUCAACAACACCAUGUUCUGCUGCUGUUUGGGGGACUUCUGCAACGUCAAUGUCACCGAUGGUUAUGUGCCUUCGGACGACGACAACACGGAGAUAGACCUUCCAGAGCAGUUGAGGGCAGAGCAGGGCAACCAGACGAUCAUGGUCAUCGUGGUGGUCUGCGCCCUGGUGACAGUGUUCUUCGCUGCCGUUGCUCUCGUGGCGUAUCGCUGCAUGGUCGUCCCUCGGUUCAAGCCGGGGCUCGACUCAGCCCAUCUGAUGGAGGCACCGCAGAUGCAGUCUCCCACCCUAGACCUGGACAGCCUCAAGAUGCAGGAAAUGAUUGGGAAGGGGCGCUAUGGCACCGUGUGCAAGGGAUCCCUCAACGACCGUACCGUGGCCGUCAAGAUCUUUGCUCAGCAUCAUCACUUGUACUAUGCCAACGAGAAGGACAUCUACAAGCUGUUCCGCAUGGACUACCCGUUUCUGCCCCGGCUGAUUGGGGCAGACGAACGGGUGGGACCCGAAGGGCGGCGAGAGUGGCUGCUGGUGCUCACGUAUGCGCCAAGGGGCAGCCUCCAGAGCCAGCUCAGAAUGGGCACCAUUGACUGGGCGGGCCUCUGCCGCAUGGCGCAGUCCAUCACCAGGGCCUUGGCAUUCCUGCACGGCGAAGAAAAGAACAAGCCUUGCAUAGCACAUCGAGAUCUCACAUCACAGAACGUUCUGGUCAAGGACGAUGGCAGCUGUAUGCUUUGCGAUUUUGGCUUUGCCAUCCGUAUCUCAGGCUCCAAGUACAUCCGCAAUGGGGAGGAGCAGCACGCUGAGACCAACUCUCUCGCGGAGGUGGGAACUCUCAGGUACAUGGCUCCCGAGGUGCUUGAAGGGGCACUCAACCUACGGGACUGUGAGUCCUCGCUGAAGCAAGUGGACGUCUACGCGCUAGGAUUGAUCCUUUGGGAAAUUGCAACGCGCUGCUCUGAUCUCUAUCAAGGCAUGAAUGUGCCAGAAUACAAGAUGCCGUACGAAGCCGAGGUGGGGGUGCACCCCAGCACGGAGCAGAUGCAAGUGCUGGUGGCGAGGCACAAGGCACGGCCUCUCUUCCCAGACAUCUGGAAGGCCAGCAAUCCGGCUGUGAGAGCUCUUAAGGAAACCAUAGAAGAUUGUUGGGACCAAGACGCCGAAGCUCGCCUCACUGCGGUGUGCGUUGAGGAGAGGCUGAAUGAACUGCCCAUGCUCUGGGACAGGCACAAGGCAGGCAUCAGCGUCACCGGAGUGAGCCCCACCAUCAACCCGACGUCGGCGCACCACCACCCGAGGUCCGGGUUCUCCUCCCUACUGGGCUGCGGGCCCCUGGGGCCCUGCUCGAUCCAGAACAGCACUGAGCGGAGUGAGGCCACGGCCGAGACCCCGCUCUCCCCGAGCAGCCCCGGGGUGCGCCAGCUGGCCGACAAAAACAGUACAGCGGCCAACAAUCACCACAACCGCAGCAACCUCGCCCCAACCGCAGUCUCGGUGCCACUACAACCGCACCAGGGACGCAACCCCUGCCUGGAACGCAACCUCAUGGUGGAACCCGUGGAGGAGAUCUCCGUGAGUGGGAACACGCUGCUCGACCAGGACUCGAGGAGCCUGCUGCCUUACGCCGCUCUGCUGGGUGGAGUGAGCAUGGGCAACCGUCUUGUGGGGAAUGGACUCGGGAGCAUUGGACUCGGUAGUAAUGGACUCGUGAGCAACGGGCUCGUGAGCAAUGGGCUUGUGGCCAACAGGCCUGCAGGCAGUGGACUAGUGGGCAACGCAGACUCGUCGUUGUCUUCGCCGGCCACUUCUUCGGCGACUGCCGCCACGACGGCCGAGGACAACAGCGCCUUGGUGUUAGGAGAUGUGCUGGCACAGACCACGCGGGCCUACCACCCGAUCCCUUAUGUGCAAAAUGCGGUGCACGUCUCUACGGUCAUCCCCAAGCAGCCCAACUUGCCGGGGAACGGUCACAAAAUACUCGGCUUGCCCAAAAAAGUGGAAAAGAAGCGCUUCAGGGGAAUGUUCUGGAAGCCCAAGGCGAGCCCAGCAGCCGAAGGCGGUCUGAGGCGGGGCCUGCGGAACCUCUUUGAGUGGAAGCCGAGGGAGGACGCGGGCCGCGCCGGCAACGCCAAGUCGGACAAUGCCAGACCGCCGGAGAAGUUCCCGGUCAACACGGAGGUGCAGAUGGUAGAAGGGAGCUGCCGUGUAAGGUCUCUGCCGCCGAUUACCCCUGUGGCCGAGAACGAGACGUCGCCGCUCCUGCAGAGCAAGGACAUAAACGACAACUGCCGAGAAACGGAGGAAGACAGGGUUUCGCGACCAACCACGUUACCGCUACGCAUGUGCCUUCCGGUAUCCAAAGGGUCUGUGGCGGACGACGGCAGCAAGGAGUUGUCUGCCGGUUUGCAGCGGGUCUGCAUCGAGGACGCCUGAGGGCGAACCGCCUGCCGUCGCUUUGUCCGCCGCCUUUUGUGGAACUGCCGCGGGUCUUGCCCUCGCUUGCCGCAACCCAAAGCUGUUUCCCGGGUUUACGAAAGACAUGUCGCCGGCUGGCCAUGCACCCUCAAGACGUGCCACUUUGGGUUGUGGCAGAAUACAGAUGUGACGGGAUGCAAUUGUGUCUUGAUGGUAAAAGACAAGAAAAAUGGCCAAUUUGCUUCGGGUUUUAGGCAGGAAAUACUCGAGGUAGCUAUCUUGAUACCCAUAUGGACAAGUGAGCCUUUUGUAACAGUGGACUGAGGUUACGCAUGUUUGAUUGCCUGAAACCUCCUUACCUCGGUAAGCCGCAACUAGCUUAAUUAUAAUUCCAGUUGCUAGAAGUAGACUGUAGUAGUGUUUUCGUCAGUUUGCAGGCAUUAUAAAUGUUUUUACUCGGCAAAAGCACAAGUGAGCAUUUGCAUGCCUUUGGAUGUUGGCAUGUGACGUGUAGUAUUUAUGAGUGUGCAUUUUAUUUCUUGGCUCUGUAGUUACAAACUUGUUAAAGAUUUUUUUUUUUGGAAACUCCCCUGAGAAGCUGAGUGGAGGGUGAAAGUUUCCAUGGCAGAAAUUACUUGGAGCAGGGAGGCAACAAAGUGAAUGUGGCUGACAUGGUAAAGUGGUGCACUGUCUUUGAUAAUUUGUAGUUGUGUUGUUUGAAAUAACAUGCCAAUUGAAAACCGAGACGUACGGAGCCACAUUCCAUAAGGAGGCAAUAAAUGGCCAUGGGUGGUGCAUCUGGGAAGACGAGAGAAUGUUGAUUCAAUAGGCUAUUGAAGUCUUUUACGGAUGAGAUUGAGACUCUCACAAGAGAAAGAAAAUUGGUCUUGUGAAUACCAGAUAAUACUGCAUCCAUGAAAGUUCCACUUCAGAGGCAAAAUGUGCAAUCCUUAGAUCAAAAUAAGCAUGAUAGAAGCUCAUAUUGUGGUAGAAGUAAAAUCCCUAAUGCAUUACUUAUUUUUAGAUGAGAAAGGGAGGGGGGAGACAUUUGUGACUUAUUUAAUUUUUGAAAUGUUGUGUUCCAUGGAGCAUAGUUGCCUUCGUAUUUUUAAAGAUGUAUUUACUGGGGCUUCCAGAAAAAUGGAAUUAAUGAAAAAAAGAAAAAACUCACUGGCUUACUUUUCUUUUUCUAUUUUUAUUAAUGAGGAGACAUUCAUUUUCUUUUUAGUACAUUAGACAUCAGUAACAGCUGUUGGCAAGAUUGUACAUAAGUCUUGACAGAAAAUGCCAUCAAGAUUUGAACAUGAAAAAUUGUGUUUAGUCAGCCAAGAAAAAAAAGAAGAGUUAGUAAAAGAGCUUGUUGGUCAGGAAACAUUCAUAUCAACCAAUGGAAUUUAAAAAAUGUAUGACUAUGCACAGUGUCGGUAAACUGUUUGCUUGUUUGCCUUUACACUAGCAGCCGUGAGUUAGUGCUUUGCGCUUUGCAAGUAAUUUUUCAGUAUAUCGGGGAAAUAUAAAAACAUGAAACUCAAAGCAUGACUUCGUAGAACAUGAGGUUGGGAGCACGAAAGAGUAUGGACAAGUACGAAGUAUUGCACUUAUGUCUGUGAUUACACAUACCAUUUCACUUAUUCUUGGGCAGGGUUGCAAUUGCCGACACUUCUGCUACCUUCACAGGCUCCCGUCUUCCCAGUGUAUCUCGGUGCACCAGGCCACAAGCUGCCGAGUCUGCGUAGUCAUCCAAACAUAAAACGAGUCGAAGCCAGGUUUGCCUAACAUGAUUCAGGGUCUAAUCAUUGCUGCCACAUCGAUGCAAAUGAACCUUUUCCUUACAAUGACUAGUGGCAGGCGUGCGUACCUCCCCAAACUGGCACUGCCAGUUUAAAUAGCAGCCUACAUAAGUGUCGUUUGCUAUUUUGCCUGCCCCUAUUUCUUUUGAAGCACACACGAGCCUUUUCUGCUGGGUGAGACGGGAGCACGUGCAGGCACGCGAAACUUUUCGCAAAGUGUUCGUGGGCCCAGAAAGUGCAGGUACUGAUUGGCAGGUUUGCACGUGUUGUGCUGUUAAGACUCUGAGCUCAAGGGGACUUACCUUUGCCCAGUCCUUGUUUGUUUUAUUUACCGUUACUACUGCUAUCUCUGACCAGUCUGUUUAGUUGACAGCUCUAGCUUUUAACUAACUGUCAGGUAAUAAACCCCACGUGUAGACGCUUUACGACCAAAUGCCAGGAUGCAUGUCUGGCUGUCAGGUUUGUCAAACCCAGAGUCAACGUCGAAUGUCUGCACAGCCGUGGCAGUUCCCAAUGUCUAGUUGUCAUAGCGGUGGCACAGUGUGGUGGUGCUUUGUACAUAGAAUGUAUAAAUUUUUUUUAAAUAUUUUGUUCUUCUCAAGCUUCCUGAGCAAGAAAACGAACAGAGGACAAUGUAGAGCAGGAAGGAAGUCUUAAAGCUGUGAUAACCGUGCGAUAGGUUUUUCAAAGGUAUGCCAAGGAAUGGCGAAAAAUGGACCAGUAUAGGAUGCCGUCUGCCUGUGAGCAGUCAAACCAGCCACAAACAAAACACAAUCUGAGCAGAGAAGUGAUAUUAUUAUGGUACUAGGUCAUGCUGUUCAGAUUUUUUAAAGGCCUUGCAGGACUGUGCGCAUGACAAGGACACUGCCAUGAACAUGAAACUCUCCACUGGAGUACAUGUUCCUCACCAGGUUUGGCUGGAAUGCUUGAGGCGGUGCUCCUUGCCAGAACAUGCCUAUCUCCAAGAGGAUCACAAGCAGUCAAAGCAGAGGCUAUGUGACAAAAACACUUUGCUCGUGUUCUGCAUGGGUUGUGUGCUAUGUGCAUAAGGAACACAAUCAAUACAAUUGGAUGUUGCUAGAAUCACUCUACAUAUGUUGUAGCUCAACAAAUUUCACAUUCUGCAGCAUUUUAUCGCACAUCAAGUAUCACAAAUUUAUUUUCAGAAUAAGACUGAAACUGUCUUGUUAUUCUAGCAACACGGAUUACACAUAACCAGAGCACUAGGCAAAAAUUUCUAGAGCAACAGUUUGUUCGAGCCCUUACGGCACUCCUAAAUUGCCGGCGGUCGUUCACACCAGUCGUUGGACGGUGCUGGGUUCUAGUUUUGUACCUCCAAGGAAUAUAGCCAAAAAGAACUGCAAGAGGCAAGAAGAAAAGUCAUUUUUACGGUGGUGAUGUACAUAAAGACAUGAGCGAUGUGUUCAAGAAUGCGGUGGAUUGUUUUGAGGUCAAACUAAGCGAGUCUGUGUCUGGCCCGUUUGUAUGCAGUGUGCUUGGGAGCGUGUUGACCAGUGUCUGGAUGUAUAGUCAGGUUUGUUCAGGUUGCUUUACUUUUUCACUCUCGAGUUUUGUAUGGCAGGAUGAGGUCUGGGUUAAUUGCGCGUCUAGGUUGUCUUUUGAGGUUCACAGUACUGUUUCGCUUGUUUUGGCAAUCUUUUUUUUUUCUUUUUCUGUGAAUAUAGGAUUAGGUCAAAUUUAGUAGUGCAAUGUUUUUAGUAUUUUUGUUACCUGUGCUGUCAGGCUGCUGGCUAUUUCGCAUGCACGCUUGCAUCUCUUGGACAUUUCGAAACCGGGAUCCACAUCAUAGUAAUGUGCUAGUGCAGUGUCUAGUAAUACGAGCCAGUUUCAUCCUCUAGGACCAACUCGGCACGUUUUCCCUGUCCCUACACUAGGUACCAAAAGACAGUACAGUGCCCAAAAGUGCCAAUGCUUUAUAGAUUGUCUCCAUCUUUUCUUCUUCUAUAGCUGCACUGCAAUGAAGGAAAUUUUGUAAUUAGCAGUUUAUUUAUACAUGGCUUAUUGGUGUACCUCACACAGUCUGACAUUUAUGACAGUGUUGUAUCUUGGUCAAUAAACAGUUUUUGAUGUUCAAAA